AUGGCCUUGGUGAUGUCAAUGCUGCUGGCCUCCUCGCUCCUGGCUGCGGCGUCGGCCGCGCGCGCCGACCACCACUCGCCGGCCUACGCGCCUUACCCUCACCACCACGCCCCGUGGCCGGCGCGGGCUCAGUCGCCGAGCGCUCCCGACCACGGCGCUCACGGCCACCACGCACCAGCGCCGGCGCCAGUCCACGCGGACCAGCCAGCGCAAGCCCCAGAGUGGCAUCACCACGCUCCAGCCCCGGCUCCGGUCCGUGACGACAAGCCAAGCCCCUCGCAUCAUCAUCAUCACCAUGGCCAUCAUCACCACCGUCAUGCUACUGCUACUGCCCCGGCGCACGCCCCGAGUUCGCAUCAUGAUCGCCAUGCUCCGGCGCCGGUGCACUCCAGCUGGCCGUGGCCGGCCCACGCGCCGGCGCCAGCGCCAGCGGUGAUCCACGGGACGAACAGCCACCUGGCGCCGGCGCCGGCGCCGUCGUCGCAUGUUCAGUAUUCCCCUGCUCCUACUCCCGGUGACGGCCGCCAUCAGUCGCCGCCGCCGCCGCCGUCCCCGCCUAGCGCUGACGAAGGCGCUCAAGCACCUAGCUACUACGGGCACUACCCUUCGCCUGCGCCGGCUCCGGCGCAGGAGAGUUCGUCCGCCGCCGUUGCCUUCGCCGGUGGAGCCGGUGUCCUCGCCGUGACGGCUGUCGCGCUGCUUCUUUAG